CGGAUUAUCUUUCCCGACGCCACUAACGGAAAUAAGAAAAUUGGAAAAAAAUUAUUAGAACGUAACCGUAAAUUUUUAUGGACUGAAGAAAUAAAAAAAAAAAAAAAAUGGUACAUACCAUUUUACCGCUUAAAGUAGUCGACAAUGAGAAGACGGACCAUUUCGACCUCCUAUUAAUAACAGAAGAAAAAUUACAGCACUAUACCUACAUCUCUAAUUUUUCCCGUCUAGCGCGAUCACAAAAGACAUUACACAACAGAGAAGUAAUUUUUUGUAAACGUUGUUUCACGUCGUUCGACCACCAGAAACUUAAAAAUAAAUUGAGCGGACAGGAGGCACUCGAUCAACAUAAAUUGAUAUGCGGCGAACUUAAACUUAUAUUACCCGUCAUACCCGUACCCGGUACGACUCUGAAAGUCGAAGCGUGGGGAAAAACGUCACCACACCAUAUCAUCAUAUACGCUGAUUUCGAGGCGAUUUUAGAAGACGGUCGAGAAGAAAAGAAGCAGUACUAACGUAAUCCAGAACCAUUAAGCGAUGUCAUGCGGGAUUUACGUGAAGGUGGAAGACGACGUAUCUACAGAAUUAUUGGAAGAAUUAGAUAUACCUACCGAGCCGAUUAUUUACAGAAGGACAGAAGACGAACUGGACGUGGCGAAACAUUUUGUAGAGCAGAUUUUGGAGUUGAGUUUACGUGUGGAGAAAUUAUUGAAGACUAAUAAACCAAUUAUCAUGACUGCAGAGGAUGUUCAGAGUCAUGUUAAUAUUGUAAUUUGUGCAACGGCGGUUUUUCUGCCGCAAACCCGAAAGUUGCCGACCAUAACCACCUAUCGGGCAAAUUUAGGCAAACGCUGUGUAAUACUUGUAAUUUGAAAUUGCAAGUGCCCAAAUUUAUACUGUGCUUCUUCCAUAAUCUAAGUAACUACAACUCGCAUUUCAUCGUCACAGAGCUGGGGUACGAUGCGCAGACAAUUUCCGUCAUACCUAACAGCGAAGAAAAAUGUAUUUCGUUCUCUAAGUACGUGAACAAUACCUAACUGUACGAUUUAUCGAUACAAAUAGAUUUAUGACGUCAAGUCUCGCGUCUCUCGCCUCAUACUUCAACACAGUUGAAUUCGAGAAGUUUUAGGAGACGAAAAAAAUAUUUAAAACAGAAGAUAUGCCCUUGGUGACGAGGAAGGGUGUAUAUCCAUACGAGUAGACAGAGAGUUGGGAAAAGUUGGAAGAAGACCGAGGAAGGAGGACUUUUACAGCACGCUAACGGAGAAUAACAUCGACAACGACGAAUAUCGGCAUGUGAAAACAGUAUGGGACCACUUUGAUUGA